AUGUUAUCAGUUGCUGAAACUAAUGCACAAUUGAUUGACUUUUUUCAACCGUUCAGUGAUAUUACGGGCAACAGCUUUUGGUCUGAUAUUAUUGAAGCGUUAACGCAGUUCUUCAAAUUUCCCAAACUUGCUUCACCACCACCCAGAACUGAUGUUUCGAGUAUGUUCAGCGUUCCUGGAAGUGGUCCAGCAGCAUCCAGAAAUGAUAUUAUUGGUUUAUGGGAUGUUUUCACUGGUAUGGGUGUCCGUACAACAAAUUUUUUGCCAUAUUAUUAUUAUCUUAUUAACGGUUAG